AUGCUGAAAUUUAUCUUACUUUGUUUUGCUUGUUUGCUAACCUUGGCAACAGCUUUAAAAAUACACGAUUUCGAACAUCACGAGUACGAGCACCAUAAGGAACCUGAGGAAUCGGAACACCAUCAUGAGGUGGAGCACAAACAUGCCACUUCACAUCAAAGUGUCAAAUUCCAUCAUUUCCAUCCGGUACCGGUUUACAUCAAGGACAAACACUUGCUCAAGAAUCCCAUCGAAAUUGGCGGUACCAAGCAGAAAUUGAAGAUUUUACAUCCCGAAACUGAGCACAGCCACAAUCACGGUUUGGUCUUGGAAGAAGAGAGCGAGUCACAUAUCCAUGAGCAUGGACAUCACGAAAUCGAACAUCAUGCACCACAUCUGGAGCACUACGAACACUAUCAUCACGAAUAAGUGUUGUGGAUAACAAGCCAGAAAGAGAUAAAAAGAGACGGAGUGAGAGAAACGAGUUGAGCUGAAAAAGAAAAACUGAAAGUCGCGGUCGUUUGCCUUUAGUGAUCUAAAAUUGGUAGCUUGACUUUGCUUUCCAUAGCGGGGCUGCCAAAUUUUUUGUUUAAUGUUGUGGUUCAUUUUGAAACUUUUUUAUACAACGGUCACACUCGUUGCAAA